GAGCCGCUCCUCCCCUCCUAUUUUUUAGAGGACAGCCUCUCUGUUUCUUCUUCUUCUUCUUCUUCUUCUUCGACCAAACAUCGUCUGCUUCAUCAGUUUCUCUUCCGAUCACCAAUCAUGGUCGCCGCUGGUAGUAGUUUCAACAAAGCCGGCAACUCUUUUUUCUCUGAUCAACAAGAAGAUAGAAACGACAACGUUUCAUUGGAGGCCGGAGCUGAAUCUCCUUCUUCUACCACUUUCAACGACAUGAAACUGGCUUCUCCUAAAAAAGGAAAAUCCAUACAGAAAAGAGUGGUGUCAGUGCCUAUCAAGGAUGUUGAUGGUUCGCGACUAAAGGGGAAGCGUGCUCCACCGUCUGAUUCUUGGGCUUGGCGAAAGUACGGCCAAAAACCUAUCAAAGGCUCUCCUUAUCCCAGAGGUUACUACCGGUGCAGCAGCUCCAAGGGAUGUCCUGCAAGAAAACAAGUCGAGAGGAACCGAGCGGAUCCUACGAUGUUAGUGAUCACGUAUUCCUACGAACACAAUCACCCAUGGCCAACUUCUAGAAACAACAGUGCCGUCGCGAAACAAGCUGCGGCUGCGGGGGAAGAGGAAGAGGAGACGCCAACCACGGCCACGAAAGUUGUGAAGCACGAGCCGUCUACUUUGCAGCCCGAUACGGGAACGGAAUCAGGGAGCGAAGAGAGGUUCGCUGAUCUGACGGGGUAUGAAUUCGCUUGGUUCGGGGGGAUGGAAACGACGUCGUUGAGGGUUUUUGAGAGCCCGAUGUUCGCGGAAAGAGACACCGGGAAGGGUGACGUGGCGAUGGUUUUGCCGAUGAGGGAAGAGGACGAGUCGCUAUUCGCCGAUCUGGGCGAGUUGCCCGAGUGCUCGUUUGUGUUCAGACAGCAACGGAAUAUGGGACCACAAGUUGGGAUCUGCUGACACGUGGCCGAAUUAGGAAGUUAAAAGACCGGCGGAGUUCUCGUUAGUUUGAACGCCGUGCCGUUACCGUGUGGCACAAGUUACUACGAAACGGGAAAACAACAAAAGGAAAACGAAAUUUUUAUUUCUUUUUAACGUGUAUGCUGUUGUGAGCUGCCGCCUAUCAACAUUUUCCGUCGGCUUUAAGGGACUUAAUUGAAUAGAAUCGAUUUUAACUUGA